AUGGGAAACGAGAUCUCGCACAGUCUUUUGCUUGAGUUGGCGGAAAGCGUCCGGUCCAUCAAACAGAGGCUUGGAGGGUUAGAGACCGAUGUAGCCGCGCUGCGCAAGUCCGUCCUCAACAACAACGUGGACAUCGUCAAUAACAACGUGGACUGCGAUAAGCACAGUGUGGAAAUAUCCAAGCUCAAAGACCAUAUUUUCAACGCUAAGCUCCUGGAAGAAGGAAGGAGUCGAUCGGUGCGGCACCAUAAGCCUAACGACAAAAGAAAUCAGGCAAAAAGCCUUGUUCUCACGUAG